CUGGCAGUCGCCUUCAGAAGACGAGUGACUCGCGAGCAGAGGGGAUCCGCGCGCCGCCGCCUGACACUAUUUGCCAGCUGCACCCCUCGAGUGAGUGGUUGGACACGCGCGGCGAAGCAGGAUUAUUUUAGUGAGCAGUGCGGGUGAACAUGUGAUCAGGGUCCAACUGGACGCGCGAGACAAGCACACGAGGUCGCGAGAAAAAGGUCUGAACGGUGUGGAAGCAUGGCAUCGCCGCGCGCCGACUCGAGUGCGACGCCGAUCUGUCGGUGCCGGGUGCUGUACCUGGGCUCGUCGGUGCCGCACAUCACCAAGGAUGGGCUGCAGGGCAUCCAGGAGCCGCUGCGCGAGCUGUACCCUGAGCAGGGUGCGUCGGGCGCCCGCGGCAUCGACUCGUGGCUCAGCGUGUGGAGCAACGGCCUGCUGCUGGAGAACGUGGACGAGAACCACAAGAAGGUGACGCGCUUCUUCCCCAUCGACUCGCUGCACUACUGCGCCGCCGUCAGGUACGUGAUGGUGCCCAACAGCAGCCCGAACAUGGCGGCGCCGCCGCGAUUCCUGCCGCUCGACUCGCCGUUCGCGCGCCACCCCAACCUGCAGCACCCUCCGCUGUUCGCGGCCAUCCUGCGCCGCACCACCGGCAUCAAGGUGCUCGAGUGUCAUGCGUUCAUCUGCAAGCGAGAGAUGGCGGCCAACGCGCUGGUCAAGUGCUGCUUCCACGCGUACGCCGACGCCUCCUACGCCAAGCAGAUCGACAACGGAGGCGGCAGUGGAGGCGGCGGCGGCGGCGGUGGUGGUAACGGCAGUCGUUACGGCACCCUCCAGCCGCCCUCCAAGGCGGGCUCCGUGCUCGGCGAGGCCGCCUCCAGCAUCGAGAAGGUCGAGGGCUGGCGGACCAACGGCUCCAACGGCGGUGGUGGCACCCUGAUGCGCAACGAGGAGAACACGCCGGGCAUUGACGACAUCAGCAUCUACAACGGCGACGAGAACCACAAGGUGUGGGCCGGCGCCGAGCCCAACGGCGACUUCAGCGCCAGCACCCUGCGCUCGACGCGCUCCACCCGGCCCAGGCAGAUGAUGCAGCCGACCAAGACGCCGCCCCCGCCGCCUCCACCACCCCCGGCAACCGAGGACGCCCCCGGAAAGAAGGGCAAGAGCAAGAAGAAGAUGCAACGCGACCCCGAGCUGAUCAACGGCGGCGCCCACACGCUGAUGCGGCCCGUGCGGGGCCCCCACUCGGUCAGCGGCACCCUGAUGCGGCCCAUCAACGGCCAUCCGCCGCCCAUGAGCCCGUACGGGCCGCCGAUGCUGAUGAUGCAGCCCGGGAGGCACGUGGCGCCGCCGCGCCUCGUGGGCACGUUCUCGCACCGGCCCAAGCAGCUGCGCCCGGUACCCCCGCCGUUCAUCCCUCCGCCACCACCCUCGGCGCUGAUGACUGCCCGCAGACCCGUGAAGCACUACCAGGAGGAGCCCAUCUACAUGCCGAGCGUGGCCAGGCCGCUGAGUCCGGUGGCGUCGUACCAACCGGGCCACUUUCCGCACGAGACAUACCUGACGCAGAUGAUGCCACCGAUGCCCAACCCCUACGUGCCCAUGGAGACGGCCACCCUGAUGCGCAACACGCCGGCCAACGUGAAAAAGCGGUCCAAGUCGAAGAAGAUGUCGCGUCAGGAGCAGGAGGACGAGUCGCCCUUCAACACCGGCAUUUACCGCAAGAAGGGCCACCUCAACGAAAGGGCCUUCUCGUACUCGAUCAGGCAGGAGCACCGUUCCCGCUCCUACGGUUCGCUGGCCAGCCUCAAGUUCGAAAACGGAGCCGACUCGCCCGGCAAGGAAGAUUCCAAGAAGGAGCGCGAAAUUAUGCAAAUGAUGCACGAUUUGGAUAUGUCCGGUGAGGAGCUGCAGGCGCACGUCAACGGAAACGGCCACCCCAUGGUCAACGGCAACCACCCCAUGGUUAACGGAAAUAAUCAUGCCGUGAUGAACGGCAACGGCUACGAGUCCAGACCGAUGAGGGCCAGUGUUGGACGCCGAUAGAAGGAAUCACGUCUGUGCUGAAGUGAUCGGCGUGCCUUCCUAAUUGGAGCUGUGGAAAAUCGCGCGCAUUUUUCCAAAGUGCCAUCAGUGCACAUAGACAAUUGACUGAAGCAAUCGAAAGUGUAAAUACAUAUGAAAAAAGACAUUAUUGAGGAGUUCAGUGCCAUUACCAUAGCCAGAAUUAAACAAAUUAAUCAUCACUUAAAAGCAUAUUAUCUAUAUGUUCUGUAACCACUGGUGGAUAUUAUUAAAAUUAAUUACGGGAGGGAGAGCUUUAAAAUUAUAAAGUUUGAUUUUUGGUAACGCGUCAAAGCUGCAUUUUGAACAAUCUCCUCUGAGUGGAUUCUUAUUUUUAUCGUACUCUGCUGUAGUAUUGUUAAUUGUUGUGAGAUAUUUUAAAUGUAAUAAUUUAAUGAGUAUAAAUUGUGUAAAUUGCACACGUCACGAGAACUAGAACAAAUCAGCUGCCACAAUGUAACUGUUGAGGACCCACCUCAGAAAAUUAGCAAGUCAAUGUCAACCAUGAUGUCAUAUUGUUAAACGGACCGAUUAAAUAUUUUAUUUUAAAGACUAAAACCAUCUGCAAACAGUGUGAACAAAUAUUGAACAAAAAUAAAGUAUUUCCAAUAUGAA